UGCGAAGGGAGCUAAAGGUCUCGCCUUUGCUGCUCACACUCGUCGCACUCUCUUGUCUCCACUCGCCGCGCCGCGCAAUGCGCCUCCACCACCUCCUCCUCGCCGCCGCCGCCGUCCUCCUCGCCGCGGCAGGGACGGCGGCGGAGGCCGGCGACGCGGACGCGCUCCUCGCGGCGAAGGCGGCGCUCGACGACCCGACCGGCGCGCUCGCGUCGUGGACGAACACCACCGCCACCAGCGGCGGCGGCGCGUGCGCGUGGUCGGGCGUGACGUGCAACUCCCGCGGCGCGGUGGUGGGGCUGGACGUGUCCGGGCGCAACCUCUCCGGCGGCGUGCCGCCGUCGCUGUCCAGGCUCCAGCACCUGGCGCGGCUCGACCUCGCCGCGAACGCGCUGUCGGGUCCCAUCCCGGCGUCGCUCGCCCGCCUCGCGCCGUUCCUCACCCACCUCAACCUCUCCAACAAUGGCCUCAACGGCAGCUUCCCGCCGCAGCUCUCGCGCCUCCGCGCGCUCCGGGUGCUCGAUCUCUACAACAACAACCUCACCGGCCCGCUCCCGCUCGAGGUGGUGGCGAUGCCGCAGCUCCGCCACCUCCACCUCGGUGGCAACUUCUUCUCCGGGGGGAUUCCGCCCGAGUACGGCACGUGGGGGAGGCUGCAGUACCUCGCCCUCUCCGGCAACGAGCUGUCCGGGAAGAUACCGCCGGAGUUGGGCAACCUGACGAGCCUCAGGGAGCUUUACAUCGGCUACUUCAACAGCUACUCCGGCGGGAUACCGCCUGAGCUCGGCAACAUGACUGACCUCGUCCGCCUCGACGCGGCCAACUGCGGCCUCUCCGGCGAGAUCCCGCCGGAGCUGGGGAAUCUCGCGAACCUUGACACCCUGUUCUUGCAGGUGAACGGCCUCACCGGCGGCAUCCCGCCGGAGCUGGGGAGGCUCGUGAGCCUCAGCUCGCUGGACCUGUCGAACAACGCGCUCACCGGCGAGAUCCCGGCGACGUUCGCGGGGCUCAAGAACCUCACCCUGCUCAACCUCUUCCGCAACAAGCUGAGGGGGGACAUCCCCGAGCUCGUCGGCGACCUGCCCAGCCUCGAGGUGCUUCAGCUGUGGGAGAACAACUUCACCGGCGGCAUCCCGCGCCGCCUCGGACGCAACGGCCGCUUCCAGCUGCUCGACCUCUCGUCGAACAGGCUCACCGGCACGCUCCCGCCGGACCUCUGCGCCGGCGGCAAGCUGGAGACGCUCAUCGCGCUCGGCAACUCCCUCUUCGGCGCCAUCCCGGACUCCCUCGGCAAAUGCAAGUCGCUCACGCGCGUCCGCCUCGGCGACAACUACCUCAACGGCUCCAUCCCGGAGGGUCUCUUCGAGCUCCCGAACCUCACGCAGGUGGAGCUGCAGGACAACCUCCUCUCCGGCGGCUUCCCGGCGGUGUCCGGCACCGGCGCGCCCAACCUUGGACAGAUUAGCCUCUCCAACAACCAGCUCACCGGAGCAUUGCCGGCGUUCAUCGGGAGCUUCUCCGGGGUACAGAAACUGCUUCUUGAUCAGAACGCGUUCACCGGCGCAAUCCCGCCGGAGAUUGGGCGGCUGCAGCAGCUCUCCAAGGCUGACCUUCGUGGCAAUUUGUUCGACGGCGGCGUGCCGCCGGAGAUUGGGAAAUGCCGGCUGCUCACCUACCUGGACCUCAGUAGAAACAAUCUCUCUGGGGAGAUACCGCCGGCCAUCUCCGGCAUGCGGAUACUGAACUAUCUGAACCUGUCAAGGAACCAGCUCGACGGCGAGAUUCCGGCCACCAUCGCUGCAAUGCAGAGCCUCACCGCCGUGGAUUUCUCAUACAACAACCUGUCUGGCCUCGUGCCGGCGACGGGGCAAUUCAGCUACUUCAAUGCGACGUCCUUCGUCGGCAACCCGGGAUUGUGCGGCCCGUACCUCGGGCCAUGCCAUCCUGGUGCUGCUGGCACUGACCAUGGUGGCCGCAGCCAUGGUGGACUGUCCAAUAGCUUGAAGCUGCUGAUUGUCCUUGGCUUGCUUGCAUUGUCCAUUGCAUUUGCUGCCAUGGCGAUCUUGAAGGCGCGGUCACUGAAGAAAGCCAGCGAGGCGCGUGCUUGGAAGCUAACCGCCUUCCAGCGCCUCGAAUUCACCUGCGACGAUGUGCUUGAUAGUCUGAAGGAGGAGAACAUUAUUGGCAAAGGUGGAGCUGGGACUGUGUACAAGGGGACAAUGCCAGAUGGUGAGCAUGUUGCGGUGAAGCGGCUUCCUGCGAUGAGCCGUGGUUCUUCUCAUGACCAUGGGUUCUCUGCAGAGAUUCAGACGCUUGGGAGGAUCCGACAUCGCUACAUUGUGCGAUUGCUCGGUUUCUGCUCGAACAAUGAGACGAACCUACUGGUUUACGAGUACAUGCCCAAUGGCAGCCUGGGGGAGCUACUCCAUGGCAAGAAGGGUGGCCAUCUACACUGGGACACUCGGUACAAGAUUGCUGUUGAGGCUGCCAAGGGGCUCUGCUAUCUGCACCAUGAUUGCUCACCGUCGAUUCUGCACCGUGACGUCAAAUCAAACAACAUUCUCCUUGAUUCCGAUUUCGAAGCGCAUGUUGCGGAUUUCGGUCUAGCCAAGUUCUUGCAGGACUCUGGCACAUCAGAAUGUAUGUCUGCAAUUGCUGGCUCUUAUGGUUAUAUUGCUCCAGAGUAUGCAUAUACACUUAAGGUCGAUGAGAAGAGUGAUGUCUACAGCUUCGGUGUUGUGCUCCUCGAGCUGAUCACUGGAAAGAAGCCAGUAGGGGAGUUUGGGGACGGUGUCGACAUUGUUCAGUGGGUCAAGACGAUGACGGACUCGAACAAGGAACAGGUGAUCAAGAUCUUGGACCCUAGGCUCUCAACUGUUCCAGUGCAUGAGGUCAUGCACGUCUUCUAUGUCGCGUUGCUUUGUGUCGAGGAGCAGAGCAUGCAGCGACCGACGAUGAGGGAGGUGGUGCAGAUCCUCAGUGAACUUCCCAAGCCGGCAUCAAAGCAAGGAGAGGAGCCUCCCAGUGGUGAAGGCGCUGUGCCUGAUCUUGUAGUACCAGCUGAAUCUGCAGAGGCCAAUGAAGCCAAAGAACAUCAACAGCAGCAGCAGCAGCAGGAGCAGCUGAAUUCACCGUCUUCGCCACCUCCUGAUCUCAUCAGCAUAUGAAGAACUGUCAAACUGAAGUGUUACAGUACUUCAGUUUGUUUUGGUGAGAUUUGGGUGUUUAAUCUGGAAUGCUUAGGGUGUGUGGUAUGUAGGCCUUUGCAUUUAGAGUGUGGAAUUGUAGGCCACUGAAUUUCUUGUGUGGCAUGUAUCUUCAGGUAUUUGUGUUGUAAAUAUAAGCUCCUUAACCUCCAGUUUCCUGUUACAAUCAAGAAACUCUGUAGGGAGUUAAGAGCUUAGUUAUGCCCAGCUUUUUUAGUUCUUUCUCUUUUUUUUUUCCCUUUCAAUGUGAGCACCAAAAUGUCAAAUGCUACCUCCAUCCAAUGUGACAGCAUAACCUUUAACUGUGGAAUUAUGAUUGUUAAGGUGUUCUGUUAUCUGUA